UUAUUAUUUUGGAUGGUAGCACAUGGGAUCAUGUCCAUGUGUUAAUUAAAGUUGUCAAAUGGGGUUAACGAAGCAAUAUCUACGAUACGUACCCGGACCAGUUCUUGGUCUCGUCGGGGGACAGAAGUCAAACGUAGUGUUCCUGGACAUCAAAGGCGUGAAAGGGAAAUACUGUGCCGUAGGAGCUUGUGAGAACGUGCUGGUAUGGGAUCUAAGAACGGGAGAAAAGCACCUAGAGCUACAGGGAGAGAAGGGGGAGGUCACUCAGAUAGCAAAAUCUCCCGACAAGAGACAUGUCGCAGUUGGAUACAGUGAUGGACUGGUAAAGGUGUUUGACCUUCAUGGAGGGGAGGUCAAGGUCAACUUCAGCGGCCACAAGUCUGCUGUCACAGCUCUAAGUUAUGAUCAUCAAGGACUCAGGCUUGUCUCUGGGGCAAAGGAUACAGAUGUAAUUGUAUGGGACAUUGUGAAUGAAUCUGGUCUGUUCAGACUGAAAGGACACAAAGGGCAAAUAACUCAGGUUGUCUUCCUGAAAGACAAGAAUGUCAUUGUUUCAAGCUCCAAAGACACUUUUAUCAAGUUCUGGGAUCUUGAUACACAACACUGCUUCAAAACGUUAGUGGGUCACAGAAGUGAGAUCUAUGACUUUGUGAUCGUAAGGAAUGGUCAACGCCUGAUCACUGGCUCUGCAGACAGUGAACUACGAGUGUGGGAUAUUGAAUACAUUGACAGUUUGAAACUGGAAGAAGAUGCAGAGCCUGCUUUUAAAAGAAUGAAGAUGGAAAGUGAAGAGGAAGGUGAAGAUGAGGAAGAGGAGGAUGAAGAUCUGCAUAUAUUGAAGUGCACAAAGGUUGGCUCUGUGAUGCGACAAGGAAGAGAUCGUCUGGUCUCCAUGACAACAGACACUGGUGGUUCUGUGCUGGUUUGUCAUGGAAGCAACAAAUAUUUGGAAGUAUUUAAAUUGCCAUCGAUAGAAAAUCUUAAAAAGCAUUUGGCCAAAAGACAGAAGAAAUUAAGAAAGAAAGCAAGGGACUCUGGGACAGAAGAAGUUGGAGAGGCAUUAAUUACAGUGAAAGAUGAAAUUGUACAAAAUGGUCUUUACAAGAUGGCAGCCAAUAUUGUAUCCGUGGACACUGUGUUGGAGAAUCCUGCCCUUUGUAAGGUGCUUCUUCUGUUGAACAACAACAUGUUACAACACUGCUGUAUAGACAUGGAGCAGAAGCAGGCUGAGCCACAGAGCAUGACCAAGCUGGUCCUCCCGGGACACAGGACGGACGUCCGGACGCUGUGCUUCAGUUCCGACAACACCGCUCUCCUGUCAGCCAGUGCUGAGAGUGUCAAAAUCUGGAACAGAGCCUCCUCACAGUGUAUCAGAACCAUGACCUGUGACUACGCCCUCUGUUCACUGUUUGCUCCGGGGGACAGGCAUGUGAUCAUUGGAACAAAGAGUGGUAAGCUGCAGAUUUUUGACGUGGGGAGUGGGGGUCUCCUGGAGGAGGUGGAGGCCCACACAGGGGCCGUCUGGUCAGUGUCCAUGUCCCCGGACAGGAGGGGCAUAGUGACUGGAGGUGCAGACAAGCAGGUCCACUUCUGGAAGUUUGAGCUGAUCAUGGACGAGAAGUUCUCCCUCACAAGUAAAAGACUUACCCUGGAGUUGGAGAAAACACUAAAGAUGGAUGAAGAUGUUCUGUGUGUGAAGUACAGUCCUGAUCAGCGUUUGAUUGCUGUGUCUUUACUAGACAAUACUGUCAAGGUCUUCUUCGCCGACACUCUCAAGUUUUUCCUGUCGCUGUAUGGACACAAGCUCCCUGUCACCUGUAUGGACAUCUCCCACGACAGCACACUGUUGGUGUCGGGAUCAGCGGACAGGAACAUCAAGAUCUGGGGGCUCGACUUCGGAGACUGCCACAAGUCUAUCUUUGCUCAUGAUGACAGUGUCAUGUGUACCCAGUUCAUCGCAAAAACUCACUUGAUUUUCACUGGAGGGAAAGAUGGCAAAAUCAAACAGUGGGAUGCUGACAAAUUUGAACUUAUUGUCACUCUUCAGGGUCACCAUGCUGAGAUAUGGUGUAUGUCUGUCAGCUCCACAGGGAACUUCCUGGCCACGGGGUCACAUGACAAGUCCAUCAGACUGUGGGAAAAGACCAAGGAGAUCGUAGUGCUGGAGGAGGAGAGAGAAAUGGAAAGAGAGAAAGAAGAUGAGGAAGCCAUAGAAGGGGAGACAGUUGUUCCCGGGGAAACCAACACAGAAGUUGCACUAGCUGGCAAGAAGUCCAUAGAGACUGUCAAAGGGGCUGAAAGGCUCAUGGAGGCACUGGAUCUUUACAAAGAGGAAUCGGCAAAAUUAAAAGACCACAAAGAGCAGUGUCAAAGAAAAGGGCAGCAGUUGCCUCCCCCUUCACUGAACCCCCUGCUGAUGGCCUACAAGUGUGAUACACCCGAGAGAUACAUGUUGGAGAUGUUGCGCAAAAUUAAAUCAAGUGAGUUAGAGGAGUCCCUUCUAGUGCUGCCCUUCUCUUAUGUCAUUGACCUACUAAAAGUCCUGGAGGUGUUUAUCGACUCCGCCUGGGAAGUGGAACUCUCCUGUCGGUGUUUGUUCUUCCUUCUCCGUGUUCAUCACGGCCAGAUUACAUCCAAUCUCGUUCUUCUGCCCGUGAUUGACCGGCUCAGACAGAAGACUCGAGAUCGAGUGAGCGAGCUCAGGGAUAGGAUCGGGUUCAACAGAGCAGGCAGUGAGUUUAUACAGAGACAAAUUGAGAUGUCACAGGAGACAAUCUUCUUUAGUGAUGCUACAGGCAGGUACAAGGAGAGAAAGAAGAAGAAAAGAGCCAUCUUAGCUGUGAAGGUGUAAACCACCGUCAGAUAAUGAAAUAAAAAUUGAAAUAUACAUACA